AACGCAUUGACGUCAGCGGCGGGGGCCCGAGCGCGUCGCUGCUCAGUGACGUCAGGGGCAGCAGCGAGCGGCCGUCCAUCAAUGAGUCCGCCGCGCCUCAGCCUCACACAGGUGUUUCACGCCACUGCUCAAUCAUUGAGAUCUAUCCCGGCCUCAUCACAUGACUAUACUGCAGUGCUCCGCGUCAGAGCAGCGCAGGGUUCAAAGAUGCUGACUAGGAAGAUAAAGCUUUGGGACAUUAAUGCUCACAUCACGUGUCGACUUUGCAAUGGAUAUUUGAUUGAUGCCACCACAGUCACAGAGUGCCUACAUACCUUUUGUAGGAGCUGCCUUGUGAAAUACCUGGAGGAGAACAACACAUGUCCAACCUGCAGGAUCGUCAUUCACCAGAGUCACCCACUGCAGUACAUAGGGCACGACCGUACAAUGCAAGAUAUUGUCUACAAACUGGUGCCUGGGCUCCAAGAAGCGGAGUUAAAAAAGCAAAAAGACUUUUAUCAGAAACUUGGCCUUGAAAUGCCCGGAGAGGUGAAAGGUGAGACGUGCACAGCUAAACAACUGUUCGAUUCACUCCAUGACGGUGAAACAAAGCCGGAAGAUGAUUCAAAUAAACAGAAGAUGGAGGACAAACCAGAGGAAGAACACGACUACCACAGAAACGAUGAACAGGUAAGCAUCUGUCUGGAGUGCAACAGCAGUAAGUUACGAGGCUUGAAGAGGAAGUGGAUCCGCUGUUCCGCUCAGGCCACUGUUCUGCACCUGAAGAAAUUUAUUGCCAAAAAACUCAACUUAACAUCAUUUAAUGAGCUGGAUAUUCUAUGCAAUGAAGAAAUACUUGGAAAGGAUCACACUUUGAAGUUUGUUGUUGUCACUCGAUGGAGAUUUAAGAAAUCGCCACUCCUGCUACACUACAGGCCUAAAAUGGACCUGCUAUGACAUGAAGUUUUAUUGCCAGCAGAACUUCAUAAGGUGCAACUGUUGCAGAGACUAUCACCCAGCACUCAAACAAUGCAUCAGUGGAUCUAGCAUGUGGCAGCCACACACCAGCAAACGCACAUACCAGAUCAGAGGUACUGUUCAACUGGGACUGACUCAACAAAAGCCUGCUUCCGUGCUCUCUCCUACAUUGUGUGGAAUCGCUCAUGUUUAAGUGGGUUUACAGUCAUAAUAUUAUUAUGAAAGGAUCAAAUGAAAUUGCACCAAGACACUUUUUAUACCUGGUUUCUAAAGAAAAAUGCAGUGUCAUGAAUUUGAUGUGUUAGGCGGCUUUGUUGUUGUGGGCACAAGAUAUCUUUUAUAGUUUACAUUUUGCUUUAGCAGCUCCGUAAACCUGCGUGUGAUUUGGAAAUGUUUAAUUAUGCCGUUUAUUAAUCUGCGGGUUGCUUUGGCUUUCUUAUUUAAAGGACCUUUGGAAUCAUUUUUAUAGUUCCAGAUCAAAAAUUAUGAAUUGAAGUUGGUAGAUUUUUUUAAAUAUCUUAUCAGAUGAAAUUCCUCUGUUUGCUGUUUGAACAGAUAUUUAUCCACAAAUUUUUGACUUUAUAAAAUAUAUACUCCAGGUUUUUCAGCUUCUCGUCAUAUUCUAAUCUGAUCUGUUAACACUUCUUUCAAAAAUAAACCCUUUUGGAUCCGCUGUAGCACAUUCCAACGUUGCAGCUCUCAGCAACCGAGUUUUAAAGACACCCACAAAAAGCGGGAGUAACUCAGCAACUAGUACUCAGUACGCAGCUGGUUUAACUGGAGUAACAGCAGCUGAGUUACUCCAGCUUUUUGUGUCUGUCUUUGGUUUAAACCAGCAUCCAGCAGUUCCUCCACACACAACUGAGUUCCAAAGUUGUACAAUACACUACUCACAUUCUGUUUCCUGCCCUUGAAGCCACAGAAUUGCAACAUUGAGUCUGAGCACUGUCGAGAAACAUACUCCAGCAUCUUGUGGAUCAAAGGUAGACACAAAAUGCUGGAGUAACUCAGCCGGUCAGGCAGCAUCUCUCGAGAGAAGGAAUGGGGGAAGUUUUGGGUCGAGACCUUUCUUCAGACUCAUUAUGGGUGACGUUUCGGGUUGAGACCCUUCUUCAGACUGUGGAACAAGCCAGUAGUUUAUAGUCUGAUAUGUCGUCCCAAUCAGACAGAUCCCAUCGGCAAUUUGCUUUUGCAUAUCCCCUGAGCUGAACAAAUAUCAAGUGGUCCAUUUAAAUUGUUCAACCAAGAUCCUAGUAAGUGGAAUUUCUUUGGUGAGAUAGUUAUGAUUAUCAUUGCUUUUAUUGUCUGUUUAUAGUAACCAUCUAUAUUCCAUAGGAAUGUCUACAACUCUCCAACUUACCCAGGAGAGGUGCUAUAUGUCUGUUACAUCACAGAAACAUCAACGUUAUUUUGUAAGAAAGGAUGUUCACCUGUGUUAAAGAUGGGGCUGGUAAACUCCAGUACUUUCACUAUUCCUAACCCUAAUGAUAUUAAAAAUCUUGGAUUGAGAGAGGGGAUAUAUGAAGGCAGAAAUGGAGAUCGAUAUUCAUCCAUAUUGUUCAUGGUACGUUCUGAAGGACUAUAUAUAUGUGUAUAUAUAUAUAUAUAUAUAUAUAUAUAUAUAUAGCAGAUUAUGUGUUUUAGUUCUUGGUAUUUGGUGGUAUUUUUGCACUGUGUACCAGGUUUCUAAGAUAAACAAUCUUUUUUCAAAGAUGGUACAGCAUUAGAGCUGUGUAUUAAUAUACUAGGACAGAAUUACGCCUCGACAGUGUUCUUGUAAAUAAUCAAAUGUGUAUAACUGACUUCAAAGAUUUUGAUAGGGAAUGUCUGACCAUUGCAACUGCCUGUAAAGUGACUCAUAAAAUACUAUUUUUGGCAGGGAUCAAUAACAUUUUUAAUCUAGGCAGCAAGAAAGUUAACAAAAUUACAGUCUCUAUGAUUUUUAUGACAGAUUAAAUGAAAUAUCAUUUCAAAGCUGUGUCCAACUUAACUUCUGACGCGUUUUGAUUGAUAUAAAUGAAAAAGCAAUAAGCAAAGUCCAUUUCCUCCACAGAUGCUACAUGACGGGCUGAGUUACUCCAGCACUUUGUGUUUUGUUCAACAUCCUAGUGCAACUUUAACCUUCAGUAGAAACAAGGAACUACAGAUGCUGUUUUACAAAUAAUGCCACAAAGCGCCGGAGUAACUUAGCAGGUCAAGCAACAUCUCUGGAGAACAGGCAUAGGUGACAUUUCAGUCUGGACCUUUCUUCAAACUGAUUGUGGUAGGAGAGGGAAAGAUUCAUGUGCACCUCCUCUCACCUCAUCUCUGACAUCUCCCACUCUGGUUUCCUGUACAUCAGCGAAACCAUGCCUAGACCUGGUGACCAUUUAUAAUAAUAAUAAUAAUAAUUUUAUUUAUAGAGCACUUUAAAAACAAACAUAGCCGCAACAAAGUGCUGUACAUCACUAAUCAUUGACAAAAAAGUUAAUACACACCAAAAAUAACAAUCAAAAGAAAUAGUAGGAAAAUACAUGUAAAAUAAAGAAACAUCAAAAACACCAAAAACAGAAGCAAAGCCUCAGGCAUGGUCAAAAGCCAGGGAGUACAAAUGUGUUUUAACACUGGAUUUGAAGAUGGACAGUGAGGGGGCCUGUCUGAUGUGCAACGGCAGGGUGUUCCAGAGUGCCGGAGCAGCAACAGAGAAGGCUCUAUCCCCUCUGAGCCUCCGACUAGACCUCGGUACCUCCAGGAGCAGCUGACCUGAGGGACCGGGCAGGAGCGUAUGGGUGGAGCAGCUCAGAGAGGUAAGGCGGGGCGAGCCCAUUCAGAGAUUUAAAAACAAAUAACAGUAUCUUAAAAUGAACUCGAAAGUGCACCGGGAGCCAGUGGAGGGAGGCCAGAAUUGGCAAUAUGUGCUCCCUCUUUCGAGUCCCUGUUAAAAGGCGAGCAGCAGCAUUCUGAACCAACUGGAGACGAGCCAGUGAAGAACGAGCAACACCAAAAUAGAGCGCGUUACAGUAAUCCAGCCUAGAUGUAAUAAAGGCAUGGAUUACUGUCUCAAAAUGCUGCCGCUCGAGAAUGGGCUUCACCUUCGCCAGCUUCCUUAGGUGAAAGAAGCUGGACUUAACCACCGCGCAUAUUUGGCAAUCUAAUUUAAAGUCACUGUCCAUCCUAAAACCCUGGUUCACAACUGUUGGCUUCACGUACCUUGACAAUGGACCUAAAUCAACAAAUGGAGGUUCACGGCAGCCAUUGGGAUCAAAUAAAAUCACCUGUCUUCUUUUCAUUAAAUUUAGCUGCAUUAUUGCGCUUGGUCCACCAAGGCCUGCUGGAUCUCCCGGUUGCUAACCAUUUUAACUCCCCUUCUUAUUCCCACACUGACCUUGCUGUCCUGGGCCUCCUCCAUGGCCAGAGUGAGGCCACAUGCAAACUGGAGGAACAACACCUCAUAUUCUGCUUGGGUAGCUCACAACUCAAUAGUAUGAACAUUGUAUUCUCCAAUUUUAGGUAACUACAUAACGCUCCCCCUCUCCCUUCUUCCCCCACCACUUUCCAUUCCCUUCCCCUCUACCCCCUGUGCCCACCUGGACUCACAUCUAUUUUUCCUCUCCCCAUCCCCUUUAAUCUACUUUCCUUCCUCUAGCUUCAUAUUUCACAAGCUUCAAUCCUCUUGUCUCACAUCUGUCUUUUUCAUCUCUGACCCCGUCCAAACAUCUGCCUAUAAAUUCUUCGUCCCCUCGUGUAUUCACCUCUUGCCUAUUAGGCUGUGUCCUGUCCCAUCCCUCUCUCAGCUUUCUUACAUCCCUCCCCCACAAUCAGUCUGAAGAAGGGUCCCUCGACAAAACAUCACCUCUCCAUGUUCUCCAGAGAUCCGCUGAGUUACUCCAGCAAGCACUUUGUAUUUCAACCGAUAUCUUGGGAAAUUUGACAGACAUUGCAUUCAGAAACUGAAAAGGGUUUAGUAGAACAAAUAGAUAAUUCAUUGGAGAAACAGCUUUGAUGGAAUUGCGUCAUCUAAAUGUAGUUCAGUGUUGCUCCAAGUUCAUCGCUGGGCCCUGGUGCUAAUGGAAUGUAGUCUGGAGCUAAUUAAAACUAUGUCUAUCCUGUACUUUGUGUAAAAUAUAUGCAACUUCUAGUUUUAUGAAUUUAUUUGCAGUGUCUCAUGAGCCACAAAACAAGAGUUUUUACUGUAAAUUGAUGAGUGGCAGUUCGAUGGUUUUACUCCCAUGGCCGUUCUCUCUUGUCUUUGUCUUUCUGUCUAUUCAGAUGUCUCUUUUGCUGCUUUCCAUCGUGUGCAACUGAGUAUAAGCUAGACUAAAGAUAGACACAAAAAGCCAGAGUAACUCAGCAGUGCAGGCAGCAUCUCUGCAGAGCAGAAAUGGGUGACGUUUCGGGUCGAGAGAUUCCUUCUCUCCAGAGAUGUUGCCUGUCCCACUGAGUUACUCCGGCUUUUUGUGUCCAUCUUUAGUUAACCAGUCCCGACCCGAAACGUCACCCAUUCCUUCUCUCCAGAGAUGCUGCCUCACCAGCUGAGUCACUUCAGCAUUUUGUGUCUACCUUCGAUUUAAACCAGCAUCUGCAGUUCUUUCGUACACCUUCCUACACAUAUAAGCUAGACUGGCAAAUCCUCUCCCUGUUAUAAUUGUAUUCAGGCAAGGAUAAAUCUUAAUUAUACAGGUAAUGCCAGUGUUGUGCCAACUACUUACCGAUCUGCCACUGUGAGAACACUGAAUCAGACUAGGGCGAACUAGGGAGAGAUUUUGUGAAGCUCAUGGUUGGUAGAUGGCCUGCAAACUGAAGGCCAUGUACGGUGCUGAUCCAUAACUUACUAGAGGUAUUAACGUCAGUUUAUAACCCAGAGUGACAGAGUUUAAACGAGGAAGAAUAUCUGCAUUGCCAGUCCAAUACCAUAAACACUAUACCAUCUUCCCUGAAAGAGAGAAAUCUUUUUUCCACAUCCAGAUAUACAAGAGCUAAUUGUAGCGUGGCUUGCAGAGGCUCUCUUGCUGUUUUGUGUUUUACAUUAUCUGUGUUGACAUUUGGAGGAAUGGCUUCUGGCCAAAUGGUGCUUUGUGCUGAGACAGCAGGCCAGCGUUUGAAAGCUGCGGUUAGUUGCUGAGCAUCAGAAUGUGUACAACUUGCACUUUGUCCAUUGGAUGCUGAAAGGUAAAAUACUACAGGCAAGAACGAUUCAGAGAGAGCAUUUCAGUACAUUGAGUUUGUAUCAUUAUUUAUCCACUACUUUGACAAGCUCUUUUUUAAACAACAAAUCCCAAUCACAAGAUAAUAAAAAACUGCAGGUGGACAUAUUGUUUAAUGAACUCUAGCAUUAAUUUAACUGGUAUCCUUGAACAAUUCAGACAAAAGAUAUGAGUGCCUUUAACUAGAUCCAGUCCAUCUUUAGUCAUGCAGUUAUUGAUACUUUCACAUAGUCUUCCAGUCAGUGGUUACUGCUGACUACACUACACUGGCAGCACAGGCUUUGUGUGGGGACACGUCGCUCACUACUAUUUUUAAUGGGAGAAUUUUCCUGAAAACGUCAGAAUUUGACUUUUGUGAAUGUAUCAUUUCAAACUGUUUUAAGUAAGAAAGCCAAAGUUAGUUGAAGUUGAUAAAGCUAAAGAAGUCUGAAUCCAGCAUCAGCAGUUUGUUUUUCAUUGCUGGGGAAAUGUUUGGUGUAACAGUCCAAAACUACAAACCUUAAAACUGUGAAGGUAGGUAUUGACUUUGAGUUGUGUUUUGUUAAUGUUAAUGGAUGAGAGAACAAUUUAGAUAUGUCUGGUUUGUUUGGAAUGAAGGUACUUUAAUGUUUUCAUCUCAUCUGUGGUUGAAAUGAAAGUACUAUGUGAUGUUAGACAAAGGUAGUCUGAACUGUUUGCUCAUCCUGAUUAUAUGUUUAACUUUGCAUUGUUUUUUUAUACAGAAAGCAUAAUGUCUCUGUUUGUGUGGGUUUCAGCUUCUGUGUGGUACCAGAAUGGUUAUUAUGUACACAGCCUUUUACACAAAUCCAAAUCAGUGCUUGUUUAUUGAACAAUGGAGCCUUUCAAAGACAAUAUUGUAAGUGGGCCUUUUUAUAAAAAAAUGUUGGCUGGGGCUGAGAAUUAUUAUAUACUGUCUAACUUUAUUUUCUAUUAAGCUUUGCAGCUAUGACCUGCUUCAUUGUCGUAGUAACAUCAGUGUAAAUUAAGUUACAAUAAGCUUUGCUGUAAAUUGGCUACUAAUUUAAUCUGAACUGCUAGUUACAUGUCCCGGCAUGCUGGUACAGUGAGGUAUAUCUGUCAGAUCGGGCAGCAGGGCAGGGUGCAUAUGGAAUCGUUGAUUUGUUAUUGUUAUGUGAAGGUUAGUCAUUCACUCCUGCUUAGCAGUGUCCAGAUUUCAUACUCCGUUUAACUUGAUUCUUUCAAACGAUUUUCUGGGUCGGGCAGCAUUUGUGAAGGGAAUGGACAGACGUCGUUUCGGGUCUGGACCCUCAGAUUGGUGAGCAGAUAGUGUUUCGGAGGUCCCUUUUGUCAGGCUAAUCAGUUUGAAGAAUGAUCCCGAGCUGAAACAUCGUAUGUUCAUUCCCUCCACAGAUACAGCAGUUUGUGUUUUACUCCAGAUUCCAUCAUCUGCAGUGUUUUGUGUCUCCUCCUGUUUUACUGUUACACUGGUAUGGAAUGUACUCUCGGGAUCACGGGGCAUAGAAACAUAUAGUUGAGCUGUGAAUCUGCUCAAUAAGAAUCUCCUGCUGUUCAGUGGAUGGAACUCAAUCAUGGACAAUGUGUGUCUAAACAAUACAACCUUUGUUUACAGUACUUCAGAGUUUUAGUUCACAAAAAUCCGCCUGUCUCUUCUGAAAUUAACAAUCUCACAUCAAUUAUUAUUGUCAAUGUUCAGCUCCAAACAUUUACUGUCCCUUAAAUCUAAGCGUGUCUCCUGCUUGAACCCUGUUUUCAGUCAUAGACUCACAAUCAGCAGAAAUAGCUUCUUCCCCCUGCGACAACCAUUCAUCUCAUUAUCUUCAAUCAUCAAAUCAUCCUGCAAUUUUCUAAAUUCCAGAUAAUUUGUCCUAAAUGUGAUUGAUUUUAAUUUUAAUGUAAUUUUUGGCAUCUAGCUGUCGUUCUUCCUUGACGUUUGCUCUCCACAGCUGCCUACAACACGGCUGCUCAUGUCUGGCCAGCAUUGCUUUAUAACCAUAUAACCGUAUAACAAUUAUAGCACGGAAACAGGCCAUCUCGGCCCUUCGAGUCCGUGCCGAACACUUACUCUCACCUAGUCCCAUCUACCUGCACUCAGACCAUAACCCUUUCCCGUCCAUAUACCUAACCAAUUUAUUUUUAAAUGAUAAAAAUGAACCUGCCUUCAUCACUUUCUCUGGAAGCUCAUUCCACAACUUCUGUCCCUUAAUUCUCAAAUCAUGUUCUCUUGUUUGAAUCUUCCCUACUCUCAAUGGAAAAAGCUUAUCCACGUCAACUCUGUCUAUCCCUCUCAUCAUUUUAAAGACCUCUAUCAAGUCCCCCCUUAACCUUCUGCGCUCCAAAGAAUAAAGACCUAUCUUGUUCAACCUUUCUCUGUAAUUUAGGUGCUGAAACCCAGGCAAUAUUCUAGUAAAUCUACUCUCUAGUAAAAUCUAGUAAAUUCUGGUAAAUGUACUCUCUAUUUUGUUGACAUUUGUCUUCCUGUACUUUGUCUUCGUACUUUGUUCCUCUGGAUAGGAACACCUUCCAUAAGCUGUUUGAUGAUUUAUUGUACUCCCCGUGACGUUUGACCAUGUGACUUUAUAAAUCCACUGUUUCUGGCCUUGUACUAGUUAGAUAUUGCUCUGCUUGAUCCUUCAUUGGUCCAGAGAGCUUGACCCGCAGAGUCUCCCCUUCAUCUGUAAUCAUCUGGUGGUAACUUUAUGCUUAUAUUGACACAGUUUACAGCAACUGGGAUUAUCUGCCAUUCUGACCCUCCAUCCAAGCUAUUAAUAAUGCAGUGAAAGGUUAUUUUUACAGGGCACUGCUGGUUCAAGCUGGCAGACAUAGAAAGGAACUGCAGAUGCUGGUCUAAAGCUAAGACCAGCUUUUUGUGUCUAUCUUCGGCCUGAACACUUGCCUGGUAUCCCUCUUGUGCAGCGCCUUCCAGUUUCCCCACCAGACCAAUAUUUUGCCUUUGAUUCCAGAAGCUUCACGUUUAGCUGUGUGAGACUCAUUAGCAAAUUAGACGAUGAUUUGAUAACAUCAGUAGAUAUUUACCAUUCAUUAUCAAUCAGCAAUAAAUUGGAUGGUGCCUUGUGUGACCAUCCUUUACAGAUCCACACUCUUACUCUCAGAUGGAUCUUGCUUAUUGCCUCUAGACCGCAAUCACCUCCUGGUGUGAACCUAACUCUUGUACGAUCCACACUUUAGUAAAUAGUAAAUAGUAAAGUAACCUCCACAAUUUUCCAUCUUAAAGGAUCGAUUCCUAAAUCAAAUGUACAUUUUUGAUGGCUCUGGAAGGUUCUGACUCGGGUUGUUUAAAACCCAAUGUUAGCAUCAUUUGUACUGGGCAUUGGUCACUUUUCUAUGCCAUUAUUUUCAUUAUUACUUUUGUGAGAUUGUCCCUUAUUCAGUGUUCUUCUUUACUGUAUAUACCCGAUGCAAAGUGAAUAUUCAACCUCUGCCAUUUGUUUCUACACAUUAUUCUCUUCAGAUAAGUAAUUGGCUCGAGCCGUCAUCCACAGGACCAGAGGCCCCAGUGUGGUUUUAAACAAGGGUGGCACCUUUCCUCAUACACCAGCCCUGAAUCUCAAGAUUGGUGUAAGAUUGCACAAUCCCCUCCCUUGGACACUCGGGUCAACCCCAGAACCAGGGGACUUCCCAACCUGCUCUUCCCGCUCUAUCACAACCUGAGACCACCACAAUCUUUCAUCUUUGUCCAGAGUCCCGCAUCUUCUUUCUUGGUUACGACCAAAGGAACGUCCUCGUUUGAUGCAACAGCUAUGCCCUCUGCUGACAAAUAUUUAUAGUCACUGGCAUUUUGCUGUGCCUGAGGCAUGUUUCUGCAUUCCCUUUCUGCCAGUCUCCAAUUUUCUCACUCCCUCCACCUCUCCCGUGCUCUCUCCUUUCCCAUGCUCUCCCCCCUCUCUUCACCUCUCUCCCUCCCCCUCUCUAAUUUCUCUUUGCACCCGAGGAUCUUUGCUGGGAGCCCCUGAUAAUUCAUCUCCCUUGAUGAGAGGGUUUGUGUUGGCCAUUGAUGGCUGAAUGUUCCCGUUAUGUAGGUUGCACCCCAGUCCCCCCCCCCCCCCCCCCAAUCUUCCUGAGUGACCUCCCAACUCCGGAGUGACCACCCUCCCCCCCC